AUGUGCAGCGCGGCGCCGCUCGCAUGCGGCGCGUGGUUUCACCUUCAGGGCUGCUCGGCGCGCCCUUCCCCGAACGCCGCCGGCCGCGCAGGAGGUGAUCUAUGCCAUCUUCUUACAGAGCACGCGGAGGGAAAUUUUCACUUUGGACUCUCCUGAGCAGCUGAAAGGAGAAACGUUACCCUGAGACUGAAGCAAUAAAAACACUUCUCUGCAGAACCGUAUGAUUGAAAAUGCGGUCCAGCCCUCCUCUGCUGCCAGACAUGCUUUUGUGCUCCUACCCCGCUUACCUGUUGUUGCAGUAAUACUGAUGGAUCGUAGAAGAGAGGCAGAAAUGGAGUUACGGAGAUCCUCCAGCCCUGGCAAGCUAAGCAAGAACGAUAUGGAUGCUGACAAGACCAUGUGCCACAGCUGUUGCAUCUGCGGUAAAAGUUUUCCUUUUCAGAGCUCCCUGUCACAACACAUGAGGAAGCACACGGGUGAGAAGCCCUACAAAUGCCCUUACUGUGAUCAUAGAGCUUCCCAAAAGGGCAACCUGAAGAUUCACAUCCGUAGUCACAGGACAGGCACUUUAAGUCAGGGACACGAGGUGGAGAUGGGAGAGGCACAGCUGGGGGAGAUGGGCGUUUCAGAGGGCCUUGGCGGGUGCACCAGCCCCACUAAAAGUACAUCUGCCUGCAACAAGAUCUUGAAUGGUACUGCUCAGGUCGAUAGCAGCAAGAUCUUGUUGAGAAGCAGCAAGAAGGAGGUCACAGAGACGGCGCCAGCUGAGGAGGAUAGCAAGCUGACCUCUUACCAGUGCACCUUCUGCAAAAACAAAUUUGAAAGGAAGAAGGACCUGGAGCAGCAUCUGCACCAGGUCCACAAACCGUUCAAGUGCAGGUUGUGCAGCUACAUGACCUUGAGGGAGGAGACGCUGUUAAACCACAUAGAGAAGGACCAUAUAACAGCUCAGGUCCCCAAUGGGGAGGCCUACACUGAGAACUGCAAGAGCGAGCUGAGUGCAGGCGAGUUUCCAUGCGAAGUCUGCGGUCAGGCCUUUAGUCAAACCUGGUUCCUGAAAGCUCACAUGAAAAAGCAUAGGGGCUCAUUUGAUCACGGAUGCCAUAUUUGUGGCAGGAGAUUCAAAGAGCCCUGGUUUCUCAAAAACCACAUGAAGUCGCAUGGCCCCAGGUCUGGGAGCAAAAACAAACCAAAAAAUGAUUUGGAGCUCAUAGCCACUAUCAAUGACGUGAUACAAGAGGAAACAAUUGUGACAGGCCUAUCUCUGUAUGAAGUUUGUACCAAGUGUGGAAAUCUGUUUACAAAUAUGGAAAGCCUGAAAGCGCAUAAUGUUGUUCACUACCGGGUGCAGCCGGGCAGCACCGGGGAUAAAGCUGAGGGCUUGACCGAUGGGAGCCUGAGCUCCUCGGUAACGAAGCAGUUUUUCUUGCAGUGUCUCAAUCUACGGCCAUCUGUAGCGCUGGAUAGAGUUACAAGAGGGCAACCUGGGAGAAGAGUAGCCGAGCUGGAUCCGGUCAGUAGCUACCAAGCUUGGCAGCUGGCCACCAAAGGAAAAGUAGUGGAGCCCUCGGAGUAUGUGAAGUAUGUGGGAUGGGAUGAGGCCCUGGCAGAUGCGGACGUGACGUACGACAAGGAUAAGAGGGAGUAUAUCCUUGUCAACCAGGAGAAGCGCAAGCGAGACCAGGACUCGCCCAGCAACCCCAAGAAGAAGAGCUGCACCAGUGGGCGCCCAGAGAAAACCAGCAAUGCCCCGCCAGGGGAGAGCUGCCCGCUUGCCCAGGGGGAUCUGGACUACCGCCCUGCCUCACGGCAGAGCCGGCGGGCCGCCCAGAACAAGUCCACCGAGUGCUUUGAGUGUGGAAAGAUCUUCCGCACCUACCACCAAAUGGUGCUGCACUCCCGGGUGCACCGCAAGGAGCGGAGGAGCUGCAGUGAGGGCGGGAUGGCUGCCCAGCCUGACCGCUACGGCUCCAGCAGUGAGGAAGGUGACUUGGGGUCCGUCAGCGGGCCUAGCACCCCUGGCUCUGCAUCCGCCCCAGAGGACUCGGCCACCUCCGGCUUGGGGGAGGAGGGGGCUGAGGAGAGCUCAGAGGAGGGAGCAGCCAACCCCUUGCUAGAUGAAAAGCCAUACCACUGCAACUUUCCUGAAGAAGAAACCCCAAUGAUAACAUCUCAGUUGGAUGAACUCCCAAAGCUGGGAAGCCGCAACGCCAGAGAAAAUGAGGCCAGGGAAUCUAAACCAGAGAUUCCUGCCCUGAUGCCAGCACUGGAGAGUGUCAUCAAGGAACCCUUUUCGAAAUACCAAGGUUCUGCAGACAUGAAGGUGCCAGCAUUUCAUCACAGCCAGGGGCUUCCUUACUCCAGUCACAUCGCUAGCUUUGCUUCGGGUGUGGGCCAGACAUCUUCAGACGUGGUCAUGGACUUGAAAACAUCGCUUGAAGUGCAGGCUAGUCGUGCUAGAAAAACUUUGCUAGACUUGCACAGGGAGCAUCCUCUGAUAGAAAAAGGUGCUGAAGCUCUAGAGGUAGCUCCACUCGAUUUGAGUGAAAAAUCAACAAGGGAUAAUUCAUGCAAUAAAUAUCUGAAUACAUCCUUCCAGGCUGCUUUAAUUGUCUACCCAUGUCCUUUCUGCAGUCACAAGACCUACUACCCAGAAGUCCUGUGGAUGCACAAAAGAAUUUUGCACAAAAUCAGCUGUAACUCGAUGGUACCCCCUUGGGUUCAACAGAAUGGAUUCAAGAGUAUUAAAAACAACCUGGUCUUUCUGGCAAGGAGUGGGCGCACUGGCCCCCCUCCUGUUCUUGGUGGUAAGGAAUGCCAGCCUUUGCCCAUUGCCAGAUUUACGCGUACUCAAGUGCCAGGUGCAUUGCCAGGUUCCAAAAACAGCUCUCUCUCUGUUGGGAUGACUGCAAAGUCUGGUAGUACGCAUCAGUCAAAGGACAGUCAUGCCUUCAGCCACUGUGGUCCACGCUUAUCGGGUCUGGAUGCAUACAGACAGCCCAAGUUAAACCAUUCCCAGGAGCAGUACAGCAUAGCAGCACAACAAAAAAGUAAAUAUGAAGCAAAUUCCAAACUUAUGCAAAUGGGAACCUAUAGUAGAAGCAUAACGCCUACACAAACAGUCAUAUCCAGGCCUAGCACACAGCCUACAAACAGUAAGCAAGUGGAAAAGUAUGUGGUUCCCCAGGGAAGUACCGGUUUUGCCCCUCCAGGUAAGCACUGUGCAUCCGACUCCAUGAAGGCCAAAUACAACCCACCGCUGCAGUAUCAUCCUCUGUGUAAAAGCGAGCAGUACACUAAACAUGAAGAGCCACCAGUGCCUCAGAGAGAGUCUCACAUGAAGGCUGGGAAUGAGAUGAGGACAUUGGCAAACUGCACAGCGGUAGCGCGAGCAAGUCCGGUACUGCAGCCCCAGCCUAGUACCGUGGGAGUUUCUCCAGCUUUACACUCCAGCAAACAGGAUGUGGGAUCAGAUGUGCAUGAGAAACAUUUGGACAUUUUAAAUAUCUUUAAAACAUACAUUCCAAAGGACCUUGCUUCAUUGUACCAAACCUGUGGUGCCAACAACCCUGCCCUGGAUCACACAGGGAUGCUCAGGACACAAACACGCCAAGGAGACUGUGUCUGCAGAGAAUGUGGAAAAUGCUUUACCCAACCCAGUCACCUCAGGACUCAUCAGAGGUCCCACACAGUGGUAUUUGAGUCUAAUGGACUCCGAGGUACUGAAGUUCACACCACCUCUGCAGAUGCUUCAAAACAAGGGAGAGACCACGUCGGUGCGGAGAUCACCCACACGCUGCAUCUCCGAAAGGGAACCUAGAGCCUUGGCAGAGGAGCCCCGGGGCCAGCAGCCCCCAGCCCGAGGGGCAGCGCCAGCAGCCCCCCACGCAGA